CAGGUUAGACGAGGAAGAAGAGAACUAGCCAAUGAUCAUCGGGAUGGAGGCGGGGCCCUGGCAAAAGAUUGGCGUAGAGCCAGCCAAUCCUGUGCAGCCGCGGGUGCUGCUCCACGUCGGCAUCGGGGCGACCAAGAUGGAGGCGCUGAUUCUGGAGCCAUCUCUCUACACAGUGAAAGCCAUCCUGAUUUUGGAUAACGAUGGAGACCGUCUGUUUGCCAAGUAUUAUGAUGACACCUACCCCUCCGUCAAGGAGCAGAAGGCCUUUGAGAAGAAUAUUUUCAACAAGACUCACCGGACAGAUAGUGAGAUCGCCCUGCUAGAGGGACUGACGGUUGUUUACAAGAGCAGCAUUGACCUGUAUUUCUAUGUCAUCGGCAGCUCCUAUGAAAAUGAGCUAAUGCUAAUGGCUGUGCUGAACUGCCUCUUUGACUCACUUAGUCAGAUGCUACGGAAGAAUGUGGAGAAGCGAGCGCUCCUGGAGAACAUGGAGGGCCUUUUCCUAGCAGUGGAUGAAAUUGUGGAUGGGGGGGUGAUUCUUGAGAGUGACCCUCAGCAGGUGCUACACAGAGUUGCAGUGCGGGGAGAGGAUGUCCCUCUUACAGAGCAGACAGUAUCACAGGUACUGCAGUCAGCAAAGGAACAGAUCAAGUGGUCACUGCUGCGAUGAGGAGCCACGUGGGAUCUGCCCCAUUAACCUACUGUGUCCCCAGCUGUCCCUUCUUCCUGUCUGUUUCGCACUGACCAAAAUAUAACACGACCAGUUUUUGAUGUAUUUGA